CCAGACUGCUUUAUGUCUGGCAGCAGAGACCAUGCGCGGUCGCCAUAUUACGGAGCACCCCUCCCCUUCAGUCCCGUCACAGGCAGCACAGAGCCACAGCAGCGGUGCAGGAGGCAGGCUACAUACUGAACAACGCUACCGCUGGGGAGGACCAGUGAUACAGCAAAACCAACACCAAAACGAGGAUUCAGUGGAAUGGAUUGAACCUUUCUACGCCGCUAAUAAGUGAUCGUAUUCGGUUUUACAUUGCUGUGCACCGGAUGAAAGGUUGCUUGUUUACAUUUUCUUUAUUUGAGCAGUUUCAGCAGCUAAAGCGACUCGCUAUAGUCUGUGUUUAGCUAGCCGGUGAUGGAGACUGGCAGCUAGCUAGCUGACGUUACUCCUCUGUCAGGCUAGCAUCUAUAUAAAGCUAACUUACUGAGCAGCUAUUUGCUUUUAGUACGAGUGGCAACAUAGUUUCUCAUUAGAAAACCUACAAAAUGUUAGCUUGUGCUUAACAAAGCCACAAACUGAUACCACUGGUGGUUAGCCGGUGAAUUAACACUGGCAUCAGCUGACGUUAGCUCGCUAGCUACUCAGCAAGCGACUACUAGCUUCUCUUGCCUCGCUAACUAUCACCGGAAAACAACGAAUCGUGUUUGAGAGGCUGAACAUAUUUGCACAACUUUUCCUGAUAUUUGCAAACAGCCAAUACUUGGAUGAAAUAUUCAUUUUUGAUCGUGUUGUCUGUUAUUUGAAGUUCAGUCAAAACGGCGCCGUUAACGAGCUGCAACCUUAUUGCAUACUGUCAGAGACUAACUACCCCCCGGAUUCUCUCGAAAUGCAUCAUCCGGACCCUGCAGGAGACUCUGGCGGUGUUAGAAAGAUGGCGCACCCGGCUGUCUUUCACAGAAGGGGUAGCAACACAGGCAGCGGGAGCGGCUCCGUGCUGUCAACACCGGCAAACCCCGUGGUCAAUAACAGCCAUGUCCCAGCCGAUGAUUAUCAACCCUCCCUGUUGAUUCAGUGCCAACCCCCUGCUGGUUCAUCCUCCCCGGGUCCCCAUCAUAUACCACCCCUCAGCCUGAAUCUGCAUUCCCAGCCCCAGCCCACACAGUUGGCUGGGGCUCAGAUAAAAAAGAAGAGUGGCUUCCAGAUCACAAGUGUGACUCCAGCUCAAAUAUCUGUGAGCACCAACAACAGUAUUGCAGAGGACACAGAAAGCUAUGAUGACCUGGAUGAGUCCCACACAGAGGAUCUCUCUUCUUCUGAAAUCCUGGAUGUGUCCCUCUCCCGAGCUAAUGACAUAGUGGGAGCAGAGAGAAGCUCUUCGGAGGAGACACUGAAUAAUUUCCAUGAAGCUGACACCCCUGGAGCUGUCUCCCCCAACCAGCCUUCACACCCUCAUGCCCUGAACCAGACUCAACAGCAUUGUGGGGGCAUGGUGAACGGGACUGUGCACCAUCACCAUCAACAUGUUCAUCAUCCUAACCAUACCCAGGUCUACCCUCUGUCCUCUGGGCCUGGCAGCACCCCAUCUGCCCUCAUUUCUGGAGCUUUACCCAGUGUCACCCAGAAAAUGCCUGUCCCUCAAGAGAAUGUUUCACAGGCUGUCCCUCCAAGUAUUGUUGCUCAGCCUGUGGGGGUUGUGGCUCUGGGAUCUCUCCCUGGAAUGCACAGCUCUGCUACGGGCAGUACAGUUAGCAUAGUUAAUCCCCAGACCAGCACUGUUAGUAAUGUGAAUAUGUUUAGCUCUGCCAACGUGCCUGUGAGAGGGGGGAUGAGCACAAGUGCUAGCAGUAACAGUGGUGGCUUUCCUCUCAAUGUGAUGAGCAGCAGUGGGGGGAGUGGAGGUGCUGUUGCAGCUGGGGGUAACCUUAUAACCACCACCACCACUAAUGUCAGCAUGAUCCAGCAACACCAAAACAUCCACUCCAACAUCAAUAUGACUACUACGGCUGCUGCUGCGGUCAGUGCCUCUGGAGGGAUUGGAUUCUCCGGUGGGAUCCAGGGAAGAGUUGGAUCUGCCGUGCUGCAGCCUGCGAGCACAUUCAUCACAGCUGUGGCCCCUGUACCAUCUGCUCCUGCCCAGCCUGCCCCAGCUCCGGCCCUUGCGGUGGCUACUACCAGCUCUCGCUUCCGGGUGGUGAAGCUGGACUCUAGCUCUGAACCCUUUAAGAAGGGCAGAUGGACAUGCACUGAAUUCUACGACAAGGAGGCCCCAGCCUCCGCUCCCAGCUCCGCUGCGUCUGAAACUGGCUCUCUCAACAUGCGCCAGUUUGUCUCUGAGAGCUUUGCUGGGGCCUCAGAGCGGGAAAGCACAAGUGGUAGUUCUGUGAGUAGCACUAUGAGUACAUUGAGCCAUUAUACUGAAAGUCUGUGCAGUGCAGAGGCUGGGGGACCCCCAGUACCCCAGCAUACCCAGGAUUACGCCUCCCCUCCGCAGGGUUUUCAAGGAACGCUCCCCAGUGGCUUAAGCAUGGGAGUAUCCCAACCUCUCAUGCACCCGCAGGAUAUUACCCAUUCACAUGUGAAGACUACUGUGGCCCCCUCGGCUCCCACUAACAUCCAUCAGCCUGCUCCCAUGACAGGCCUCCAGGCCGCCAUCCCUACGUCUGCUUUACCCCACCAUCAGCUCACUUAUGCCCAGGCAGUUGCUAAUCAGCCCUUAGGCUCCACACAGGGCCUAGUGGGUGUUCAGCAGCAGCAGGGAGGCUAUGCCACUCUGCCACAGCAAUCACCUGCUACCCCCCAAGCAGCCACAGGGCAGGUGAGGCCAUCUGAGUACACCCAUCCACACCAUGGUGUCCCCCAGACUGCUGCUUCUCAACCUCUGUCCAACCAAUCUGGAUCAGCUGCCUCCGGGUCUGCUAACAGCAUAUGUCAGAUGAUGGGAGGCCUGCAGCAGUCACAGGCACUCCUUCACACACAGCCCUCCUCCCUUCAGGCCUCCAGUAUGCCCCAUCAUGUUGGCGCACCAGGUCUUGGCCAGCAGCCUCAGAGCCACCCAGGCCACCUGGAUUGCCAGCAGCAGACGCCACAGUCACUCCCAACACAAAUCCAAAACCCGGGCCUGGGACCCCAGCAUCCCACAACAGUCCAUCAGAGCCAAGUGUCUGCAUCAAGUGUGCCUCCUCCCAACCCUCAGAACUCCCCCCAGCCCCAAGCUCACAACACUGGGAAUAGUGGUCGGAUGGCCCCGCAGGGUGUUCUACAUGGCCAGCUGUCUUGUGUCGGCUUGUCCCAGGACCACAGCAGCGCCCUGGCGCUGGCUCAUGCUGCCCAGGCCAGCGCCCUCUAUGCCAGUCUGCCCACCUUCACCACUACUCAGCUGCAGGAUGCCCAGCGGCUGCUCCUCCAGCACCAGUCGGCUUUGUUAGGGCUGCCUAAGCUUUCCGUAGGGGAGGCUGGAUUUGGAUCCAGUGCUGGCCAGGGGCAGGAAGCUGAGGGCAACGCCGCUACCACCAGUGCCUUAACUGCAUCAGCUGGUCUCAGGACUGUUGAUGGAGAGGAGGAUGGUUCGUCAGGAGCCAGCGUUGUGGCCAUAGACAACAAGAUUGAACAAGCAAUGGACCUGGUGAAGAGUCACCUGAUGUAUGCUGUGCGUGAGGAGGUGGAAGUCCUAAAGGAGCAGAUCAAGGAGCUGAUCGACCGUAACUCCCAGUUGGAGCAGGAGAACACCCUGUUGAAGACGCUGGCCAGCCCAGAGCAGAUGGCCCAGUUCCAGGCACAGGUUCAGACCGGCACCCCGCCUGCUCCUCCAACGGCUGCCACACCAGGACCCCCAAGCACCGCCGCCCUUGCCCAGCCCACCUUGCACAGCUCUGGCCCGUCGGCGUAGCCUGGUCUGCACAGCCUUGACUGACUGACUAAAUGUUUUUUUCAGUUCUGCUACAGCAGCAGAGCUAACCUUGCCUUCUACAAUAGGAGGUUACGCUGUUAAGACAAGAAUUUGCACAUAUUUAUCUCUCAGAAGGAUGCAGCCAGCGGGACGACCAAUGCGGCGCUUUACAGCACGGUGGUGGAGGGUGACACUCUUGAGAUGCUGUGGGGGGGGGAAAUCAAUGAGGAUUGAAUCAUCGAACAUUUGCCAAAUAACCCUUGGACAUAUCAACUAGAAUGUCUUACCAAGAAGAAACAAAAAUGCUUAUCAGUGGCGAUAAUAUCCUUAGCUAUAGAUCAUUUAAAAAAAAUCACUGUGCCUGUGUCUGGAUUUUAAGUGAUGUCGAUUUUACUGAUGAUGGCGAUGGAAGAGUAGGAGGUCGAAGAUUGUAUUAGUUGUUACCUUUUUUGCUGAAUGAUGUAAAUAAAAGUGAGUCUCUCUUAAGGCUAUUUCCUAAAGUUACGGAUCGGUUUGAGAGGGAGAAAAAAGCCUUCAGAGUGACAAAUGAAGAAUGUGAGCUAUUAUUAUGACGAAGUCCCCAUCUGGAAUGGGGAAGGGGUGGGAUGGUAUUUUGAACAACACAUGACAGCAUUGAUGGCGUUACUUCAACUGUGGAUUGGUGGGAUGAACAAAACGUGGUUUCUUAUGGAGAUGAUAUUCUAUUUCAGUAUUUCACUUUCAAGCUCCUCAUUUUGCCCUAAACAAAGCUCAUCAUUGCUGUUUUCUCAACCCUGCAGUGGCAUGUAAUUUAAACCUUAUUUGACAGGGUUGAGACAUUGGGCUUAGCUGCAUUCUCUCUUUUUCCUAAAAGUUUGAUGGGCAGAAGAUGAUGUAUAUUUCUGUAUAGUGUAAGUACCAUGUAAAAUAGUAAGGAGAGGGAGAAAAACAACAGAGGCUAUCUUGGUCACACAGAUUGAUGCGGGAUGAGCGAGGAACGCGCUGGUCUUGCCCAGUCUGUCGUCUAUUUUUAAUGCUGUAUUUUCAAGACUGGAUGCACAGGAGUUACGGUUAUUUAACUUGAGAACACAACAGUCAACAAAGUUGUUCAUAUCCUUUACUGCAACAAUAACUUUUACUGUAAAAUCAUUUUCAUUUUUCUUUCUGGAGUAUUGGAUUUCUUUUUUUUUUUUUUGACAGUGAAGUACUUUUGGAUGAACAAUAUCUUAAAACUCAACGGUUUUUUUUUUUCAUUCUGUGUAUCAGUUGUAUGCUCAUGUUCUGUGCAUGUUUCGGCAAAGACUGGAAGAAAUAUUGUAACAUCCGACCACAAUUGCACUUGACGGUUGCACAUCACAACUUUCAAUAAACAUGCUUAAGGAAGAAUAAC